AUGUCCGCUGACUGGGGUUCCUUUUUCGGCAUCUCAGGCACUCGUUCGUCGCUCGACGAACCCAAGCCUGAAACCGCCAGCGGCGAUGACGAAGUCGUCGAACCCGACCACGGAAAUGUCCUCUCUCACAUCAUUUCUCAGCUCCGACCGGGUGCCGACCUGAGCCGGGUCGUCCUGCCCACCUUCAUCCUUGAGCCCCGGUCCAUGUUGGAGCGGAUCACGAACUUCAUGGCCCACCCCGAGACUCUUCUCCCAAUGCCUACCAUCGAUGACCCGCUGGAACGCUUCGUCUCCGUUGUCAAGUUUUACCUGAGCGGAUGGCACAUCAAGCCCCCAGGCGUGAAGAAACCGCUCAACCCCAUCCUCGGCGAGACCUUUACUUGUUACUGGGACUACCCCGACGGAACCCGCGGAUACUAUAUCGCCGAACAGACAUCCCACCAUCCCCCCAAGUCGAGUUACUUCUUUAUGGCCCCCGAGCACCAUAUCCGCAUCGACGGCACCCUCAAACCCCGCAGCAAGUUCCUAGGCAACUCCGCCGCCAGUAUGAUGGAGGGGAUCGCCAUCCUGCGCUUCCUGAACCGCGGGAAAGACAAGCAGAAGGGGGAGCGAUACAUCCUGACUCAGCCGAACAUGUACGCGCGCGGUAUUCUCUUCGGAAAGAUGAAGUAUGAGCUGGGUGAUCACAGCUACGUUCGCUGCCCGGAGAAUAAUCUCGUUGCCGACAUUGAGUUCAAGACCAAGGGAUACUUCUCCGGCACGUACAAUGCCAUCGGAGGGACCAUCAAAAAUGAGGCGACCGGAGAGGUGUACUACGAGCUGUCUGGUAUGUGGAACGGCGAGAUGGAUAUCAAGGACGUUCGGACGCAUGAGAAGACUCCUCUUUUCGACGCAACCCACGCCAAACAUACGCCGCCGUCCGUUCGCCCCAUCGACCAGCAAGGCGAGCGCGAGUCCCAGCGCUUGUGGGCGAGCACCGUCAAAGCGAUCAUCGCCCGCGACCAUGAAGCUGCCACCGACGAAAAGACCAAGAUCGAAGACCGUCAACGAGAGGAAGCCGCCAAACGCGCCGAGGAUGGGGUUGAAUGGCAUCCGCGACUCUUCCGUCGCACCCAGGGCGGGCCUGGCGGGCUUGACGAGGGCGAGGAGGAUCUCGACUGGAUCAUCAACGCUGAGAUCGAUCCACACAAUGCCGAGGUCGCCACAAAGCAGAUUCUCGCGAUCGCACCGAUCCUAGACGGCCAGGUUGAGUCGACCCAGUUCCAAAUCCCCCCGCACCACCCCAAGUCUGACGGUGCGACCUCCGACCAGAACGGCGCCAGCGAGAGCUUAAUAUGA